UCUUCAGAGCACCUUGUGAAUGUUUGAAUCCAUAUCCUGAGUGGGUUAAUUGUAGCAGCACAUCUGCAGACGUUAUUUGGGAAGUGAAUGUUGCUCCCGUAGAACAGGUGAGCGAGUGGACGACGCACAUACAGUUUGAAUGGGUCUCGAAAAAGGAUAAAUCUACAGCAAUUUUCCAAAAAACUUUCAAAAAGAACCACGGAUAACAUCACGGGGAAUUUCGGAGAAUCUCAGUAUUCUAAAAAUCGGGAAAAUCGUUCCAUCCUCUACUGAGUCAUCAGGAGAACCAUCAGGUUAUUUUGACUGUUUGUUGUAGGCAAGUGCUUCUGCAGUUUUGCACAAGAGGUUACCUUGUCAUUCCAGUUUUGUGGUAAAUGUUUGGGAGUUCAGAUCACUCGACAAGAAACAUCACCGGGUUUAAAGUGGAAACUUUUGAAGACGAAAUGGAUCCUGUUCGUUCUUGGGUUCGGAAUGUCGGCGUUAUUGAUGCAAACAUAGCGGCACAGAGUGGAGUGUCCUUAUCCCGUGCUCACUUUGAAAAGCAGCCUCCCUCCAAUCUCAGAAAGUCCAACUUCUUCCAUUUUGUUCUGGCACUGUAUGACCGCAAUGGACAGCCCGUGGAAGUGGAGAGGACAGCGUUUGUUGACUUUGUGGAGCAGGACAAGGAGCAGACGGGAGAAAAGACCAACAAUGGAACUCACUAUAAACUCCAGCUCCUCUAUAGUAAUGGUGUGCGCACAGAACAAGACCUUUAUGCACGUCUCAUUGAUUCCGUCACUAAACAGCCCAUAUCAUAUGAAGGACAGAACAAGAAUCCAGAAAUGUGUCGUGUUCUGCUAACUCAUGAGGUCAUGUGCAGUCGCUGCUGUGAGAAAAAAAGCUGCGGUAAUCGCAAUGAGACACCGUCCGACCCUGUCAUCAUUGACAGAUUUUUCUUGAAGUUUUUCCUAAAGUGCAAUCAAAAUUGUCUGAAAACAGCAGGGAACCCCCGAGACAUGAGGAGAUUUCAGGUGGUUCUGUCCACCACAGUCAGUGUGGAUGGUCCUGUACUAGCCAUUUCUGAUAACAUGUUUGUGCAUAACAACUCCAAACACGGACGUCGCUCUCGCAGAAUGGAUUCAAACGAGACGGUGGAGACUAGCAUGGAAUACGCUACUCCCUGUAUCAAAGCCAUCAGCCCUAGUGAAGGCUGGACUACAGGCGGGGCGAUGGUCAUUGUGAUUGGGGAAAACUUCUUUGACGGUCUGCAAGUGGUGUUCGGGAGCAUGCUAGUGUGGAGCGAGUUAAUCACUCCUCAUGCAAUCCGAGUUCAGACUCCUCCUCGACACAUUCCAGGGGUUGUAGAAGUUACGCUGUCUUACAAAUCCAAGCAGUUCUGUAAAGGAGCUCCAGGGCGCUUCAUUUAUACAGCGCUGAAUGAGCCGACUAUUGACUACGGCUUCCAGAGACUUCAAAAGCUGAUCCCUCGACAUCCUGGUGACCCCGACAAAUUGGCAAAGGAAAUGUUACUUAAAAGAGCUGCAGAUGUUGUUGAAUCACUCUACGGAAAUACCACCAGCAAUCAGGACAUGUUGCUGAAACGGGCUGCAGACAUAGCCGAGGCUCUGUACAGCGUGCCACGACCUCACAGUCAGCUGCAGGCCAUGCCAAGCUCCCCGGUCCAUGGCAGUGUCAUGGGCCUCAGCUCUUAUCCCUCCCAGCUGGGUGUAAGCAUCGGAGAACCUGGGCAAACCAGUAGCCAAGGAUACACUCGCAGUUUGUCACCACGUGGCUACCCAUCAGCAUCGACCCCGCAGCAGUCAGGUUAUGGAUCCAAUGGGGGCAUGAGUUACGGGGCAGUGCCCAUGAACAGUCUGGGGGUUUCAGGGUCACCUGGCUUUAACAGUGCCUCCCCAAACAGCUCUCCUUAUGCUAUCAUGCCAUCUAGCCCCACUGUACCAGGCUCCAGUUCCUCAUCCUCCCUCUUGCCCUUCUCAUCUUUCCCAUCCUCUACCAAACAAAAAAGUGCCUUUGCUCCGGUCCUGAGACCACAGGGUUCGCCGUCACCUGUUUGCCAAACUUCAGGAGGCACCAGCUUUAGAGCAAUGACAGGCCUUGUGGUUCCUCCAAUGUAGAGGAUGAGUCUUUCCCAAUCCUAAGCUUUACAGCCAGUGGCCAGAACUGGACUGACACCAAUGUACUGAAUAAAAAGGAUACAGUUGUCUAAUCUUCUGAUGAAGAAAACCUUCAAGAGAUUAAAGACAACAAGGACAUAUUCAAAACACUUUUGGGAACCUUCCUAAGAGAUCUCCACUCUAUGCACACCGUUCGCCUCUGAUCGUGAGGAGGUUGCCAAAGGGAUGGUGUUACUUAAAGGUUCUUCCACCAACAAAACGCCAAAAGAGCUAUAAUUUGAGAACAUGAGACUGUUACACAUUUUUGGCCAUGUGCUCUCAAUAGACUUUCACAGCAGUAGAUGCCAGUAAAAGGAAUGUCAAUUGUGUCAACACUUUUUUAUUUUUUACCAUAUACUGAUAGAUACACAUCCCUAAACUGAAAUUGUGCUUUUAAAAGUAUAUAUAUCAGGAUUUUCAUUUAGAGCAACAGAAAAUGUUUAUUUAGGUUUAGUUUUAUGAACUGAUUACCUCAUAUAUUGACUUAUUUAAUGACAAAAACUAUAUAAGUUAUAUUUUUAGGUUAAUGACUAAUAUAAGGAACCAUAAUUGUAUUUGCUAUUAUUUGGUAUUGUUAUCUAAAUGUAUUUGUUUUUCUGUAAACAUUUUUAUAUGUUGUCAUUUUGCUAUUGAUAUUAAAAUAGUGACUGUA